AUGGAUUCGAAAGAUGAAAACGUGGAGCUGAUUAAGGAGGCCAUCAAGAGGCUCUUAGAGGAGAGGAAAAACAGAGAUGCCUCAGCUGAUGAUGAUGACGACCGCCUCCUCCUCUCCCGAUUGCUCUCUCAGGUAGAGUCGUUAAAAGGCAACGAGCGACUUCAGAAACCCGAAGCUUUAACGAAACCGGGAGAGUUAACUUCGUCUGCAGAUGGGGAUCAAUCGAAGCCGAAAAGCGAGAGUGGUGGUGACAAAGCAGACGGAGAUGACGGUGGCUCCGAUGAAAUUGAUAGAGAACAGAUAAUCGAAGAACUUAACAAGGUGAAGAGACAGAACACGAUCACCCACUGGCUUCUUUCCGUCAUGAUUGUGCUCACUGUUGCUUGGCAAGCCUCUGAGGUGACCCUUCUCUGGAAAUUUAAAGAUGGGUUGAGCCACCCGUUUAAAUACAUUGGAGACAUGCUCACAGGGAAAGGGACAGGCAAGGACUCAGAAGAACACAAAAAAGAGGUUCCUCCUCUCCCUUGUCUCAAAAUUCCUGAGCUCCCUCACGUGGAGUUGCCAGAUAUGAGCCUAACUGGCGAACAGCAUUGA